AUGACUGAUAUCAAACAAGUCGACGCCCUCGUCGUCGGCGGGGGCUUCGGCGGCGUGCGCCUCGCCCAACUCCUCAAAUCCAAACUCAACCUAACAAACAUCGUCGCCAUCGAAAAGGGCAAGGAUGUCGGCGGCACCUGGCACUGGAACACGUACCCGGGCGCUCAGUCCGACACGGAGAGCUGGGUCUACCGCUUCUCCGACGAUCGCGAUCCGCCAAAGUGGAACACGCGGUACCUGAAGCAGGCGGACAUCCAGGCUCAGAUCAAGGAGACUGCACAGAAAGCUGGGAUAUAUGAUAGCUUUAUCUUUGAGAAUGAGGUCGUCUCGGCACGGUAUGAUGAAGCGAGUAACCGAUGGGAGAUCGCUACGGACAAGGGUUUGCGGUUUUCAGCGACGUAUUUUGUGACUGCGCUCGGGAUCCUGAGUCGUCCAAAUAUUCCCAAGCAUCCGGGAAUCGACACUUUCAAGGGUGCUGCUUUCCACUCUGCGCGGUGGCCUAAGGGCCUCGAUGUUACUGGUAAACGGGUCGCUGUGGUCGGGACCGGGCCCUCUGGGAGCCAGAUCACCGCGACGAUCCAUCCAAUCGUGAAGCAGCUGACUGUCUUUCAGCAGCGAGCGCAGUACAUCACGCCUGUCAACAAUCGCGCGAUCAGCGAGGAGGAAAAGGCGGAAAUCCACCAGAAGCACAAGGACAUCUGGGACCUUGCGUUCAACUCGCUCUUCGCGAUGGGAUUCUCCGAGAGCAAGAAGUCUGCACUUGAAGCCACCGAGGAGGAGCGGAAAGAGGUGUACGAGCGUGUCUGGAACAAGGGCGGUGGAUUCCGAUUCUUCUUCGAGACCUUUGGCGAUCUUGGGACCAGUCUUGAAGCAAACGAGACGGCUGCUGCCUUUGUGCGGAGCAAGAUCGCUGAGAUUGUGAAAGACCCCGAGACUGCUAAGCUCCUCCAGCCCAAGGGAGCGUAUGGCGGUCGUCCACUUUGCGCCGAGAGGUAUUAUGAAGCGUUUAAUAGUCCAAACGUCUCGCUCGUCGACAUUGCAACCAACCCGAUCGCCAAAGUCACACCAAACGGUCUUCAACUCCAGGACGGCCAGGAGCUCGAAUUCGAUGUGAUUGUCUGGGCGACCGGUUUCGAUGCGGUCGAUGGUGCAUACUAUAAUAUCGACAUCACUGGUCGCAACGGCGCGAAACUGACCGAGGCGUGGAAAGAUGGGCCGAAUGCGCUGUAUGGUCUCAGUGUUGCCAACUUUCCGAACUUUUUCACCGUGUCCGGCCCUGGAGGCCCGUUUGCGAACAUUCCCACGUCGAUUGAGGUGCAGGGGAAUUUUGUCGUUGAGCUGAUCGAAGAGGUGAUCAAAAGAGGAACCAAGAGCAUCGAAGCCGAACCAAAGGCGCAGGUGCAGUGGGACGAGACGGUGCAGGGCAUCUCCAAAGUCACAGUGUUCGACCAGGUCAAGUCGUGGAUCCAGAGCAACAACAUUGAGGGGAAGAAGAAGUACAGUGCAUUUUAUCUAGCUGGACUGCAGAGUUAUCGGUCAAAGCUCGAGGAAGAGGCAGGCGCAAAGUAUUCUUCAUUUGUAUUCGCUUAG